AUGUCAUUUGACCGUUUGAUUCGUUUCGUGGAUGGGGAGGGCAGGACGUCGUACGGCGACUUGGCCAAGCCCCUGGCGGCUAAGGAGAUAAUUGGGACCCAGGUCACUGUCGUGGUCGGAACCUUACAGUACGGAUUUACCAGGACAAACGAGAAACGCACAGUAGCAAAGUUGCUUAACCCAGUUCCCGAUGCACCUUCCGUACUAUGUGCUGGUCUCAACUACAAGCUCCACUCCAAUGAGACAAACUUCGUCAUCCCGACAAAGCCCGUCAUCUUCAUGACGCCAGCUGAAAGGCUCACCGGUCCUCUCGACGACAUUGUCGCCCACGAUGAUGCGCAGCCGAUGUUGGACUACGAAGGCGAGCUAGUCUUCGUGUUGUCUAAAGAUGCGAAAGAUGUGAAGGAAGAGGACGCUUUCGAUUAUGUUUUGGGGUACACUAUCGGCAACGACGUUUCUGCGAGAAGUCUGGUCCCAGUAGAGAUCUCGGGAAACCAGAUGGGCCAUUCAAAGUCGUUUGAUACCUUCGGACCGAUCGGCCCUUGUAUCACUUCUACAAAGCUGAUUCCCGACCCCCAAGCACUCCAUCUGGUAACCAAGGUAAAUGGAGAAAAGAGACAGGAUACUCAGACAAGGGAAAUGAUCUUUAGCGUCAAGCAGCUGAUUGCUUACGCUUCGAAGAACCGCACUCUCAAACAAGGGACAGUGGUCAUGACCGGCACACCCAACGGCGUUGGCUGGUUUUCAAACGGCUUGCUGGGCCACGGGGACGUAGUUGAUGUUGAAAUCAGCGAAAUUGGAUCCAUUUCGAACAAGGUCGUGUUCAAAUGA